AGAUCCAACUUAUAAAAUCCCCUCUGCCUUCAAUCUUCUUUUCAAAACAGAGUAGCAUCCCCUGUUCUUCUCCUUUUUCAGCCCUCUGCUCCACACCUAAAACGACCAAGCAAGCAACAAUGGCGGACGCCUUCCUGACAGUCAAAGGCCACAAUGGCCUCCCUCGAAUCAUCUCCAUCCUCUCCUCUCUCCUCGAGCGCAUCACCAGCUGGAACGAUGAUUUCACCGCCUCCGACCACCAGCACUACUCUCCGGGCAGUGCUGUUUCUGCUUUCUCCGGACUCGAGAAACCGCAAAUCUCCAUUCCUCGUUAUCUCGAACGCAUCUUUCAAUUCGGUCAUUGCAGCGCCUCCUGCUUUGCUGUGGCAUACAUCUACCUUGAUCGUUUCCUCCAUCUUCAUCCCUCAGUUCUUGUUGAUUCUCUCAACGUUCAUCGCUUCCUUAUCACUGCGGUUCUUACUGCUGUUAAGUUCAUGGAAGACAGAUACUACAACAAUGCUUAUUUCGCGAAGGUGGGGGGGAUCAGUUUGGCUGAGAUGAACUACUUGGAGGUCGAUUUUUUAUUCGGUUUGAGAUUCGAUCUCAAUGUGACGCCGGUCGUGUUCGCCUCUUACUGCUCGAUCCUUGAAAGAGAGUUUGAUAUGGCUGACCCUCAAAUUCCUAGAAGUCUGCAUUGUCUUCCUACUGAAGAAGAAAGCAGCAGCAGCCACAAGCACAAUGAGCUCAUUGUCUGAGAAAUGGCUCUUUUUGUUCAUAGAUGAAUGUAAAUAGAAGACUUUAUUUAGGUAUGAGAACAGUUAGUUUGGUGAGUGGUGAAUGUGAAGAAUGAUGUUAUUUAAGCUUUUUGUAUUUAAAUUAAUGUGCUUUUUUUCUGAUGUUUGUUUCUGUGAGAAACAAUUUUGUGAAUAAUGAGGAGGUUUUCAUUGUUGG